AUGAAGGUGAUUGUUUUACUUACAUCUAAAGGAUUAUCAUGUUCACAUGAACUUCUAUGCUGCAAACAGGGGUUGCCUCAAGAAAAAGUAUCUUCCAGUGAUCAAUCGCCUGGCUCAAUAAAUGGUAUUCCGAGUAAAAAACAAGGUGGUUCCUCUUUUGUCGAAGACAUACCAUAUUAUGAGAAAGAGCCACGAAAUGCUGCCCAUUUGAACGAACCAAAAUUUCAAGAAUCUUUGAAUGAAGACUCACUAUACGAUGAAAAAGAGACGCAAAAUACAGAUCCAAAAUCUCCAAAAAGUGGUAGAAAAUUAAAAAGUAAGAAAGUUAUUAAGAAGCGUAAGAAACCUAAGAAAACUGGAUUGUUCGGCGGACUACUCACGUUUAGAACACUUCUUAUCCUUUACAUAUUUGGAGUGUUUUUCGUUUGUCAUGGAAAAUCUCGCAAACAAUGUUCAUAUGCAGCCGAGUUUUUUUGCUACAAUGGAAUCUCCCAAUAUAUUCUUACACACGAUUGGUUCCACAAAUAUAUCGAACCUGGGGUUAUCGAGAUUAAACGUUAUUCUGCAGAUUAUGGAAAACAAGCCUUGGUCACUUAUGAGGUUCAUGCAAAACCUCAUAUAGAUCCUUACAUUGAAUCUGCUCAACCUUACAUACAGAGAGCUAAGGAAUUAUCUGUCGAAUUUAUAUAUAAUCCUGCUGCUGAAGGAUCGAUAAAAGUUCAGGAAUUUUACAGUCAAAACGCAAAAGAUAGUGUGGAUACAUUCUACGAGAAGGCUAGGAAAACAGUUACUCCAUAUCUAAAUAAUGCACAGAAUCAAGUCAAUUAUGCUUAUGAAAAAUUGAUUAGCUAUAAUAAAAAGAAAAUUCAACCUUGGUACUAUCAUAAAUUUAUUCCUUUUGUGGUGAAAUCGAAAGAGAAUGCAAUUGCUAAAUACAAUGAAAAAGUAGCUCCCUAUGUUAAUCAGUUAGUAAAAACUGCAAACGAAAAUUAUCAUAAACAUAUUGUUCCCUUUUAUAAUACUAAUAUUAAGCCUCAUGUCGAGUAUUGUAUUAAGGCCAUCAUGGAGCUUGUACAAGGUGAAGACGAAAACAAAAAGAAAACAGACAUAAAGGCUAAGAAGGAGGCUGAACGCAAAGCUAAAGAAGAAGCUGAACGUAAAGCUAAGGAGGAAGCUAAACGAAAAGCUAAAGAGGAAGCUGAACGCAAAGCUAAGGAAGAAGCUGAACGUAAAGCCAAGAAAGAAGCUGAACGCAAAGCUAAAGAGGAGGCUGAACGCAAGGCCAAAGAGGAAGCUGAGCGUAAAGCCAAAGAGGAGGCUGAACGCAAGGCUAAAGAGGAAGUUGAGCUUAAGGCCAAAGAAGAAGCUGAACAUAAAGCCAAAGAAGAAGCUGAACGUAAAGCCAAGGAGGAAGCCGAACGUAAGGCUAAGGAAGAAGCAGAAAAGGCUGCCGCUAUUAAGGCUGUUCGUGAUACUGCUGCUAUUGGCAUAUCUCGUGCCCGAGAAAACAUCAGUAUAGCUCUUAAGGACUAUGAGCUUAAAGCAAAAUCUGCAGUAAAGGAAACAUCGGAUGACACUGAAGCUAAAAUAAUAUCUCUUAACAAAUUAGGCACUGAUUAUCCUUCCAAGCUUACAAAAUUUGUUGACGAACUCGCAAAGGAUACUGAGAAAAAUAUUACAAUCAAGAUUGAUAAAAUAUCCGAAUAUGCUAAACAAACUAUCGAUACAAUUAAAACAAAUCUCAAAAAAGCUGAUGAAUCGCUUGACACUUUGAAUGAAAAAGUUAAUGAACUGGAAAAAGAUUUUGUUUUAAUUAUAAACAGUAACAUGAAUGGCAUCAAGUCUAACGCACAUAGCAAAGCAGGAAAAAUAACUAUUGAUCAAAAAAUUUAUGACGAGGUUGAUAGGGAUAUUAAUAUCACUUCCCAGAACGUGACAGCUGAAUUCAAUAGUUCAACAUUAAGAAUAAAGGAGGAGAUCAAAGGAAUAGAAAUAAAAAUAACAUCUUUGAAAUCCACAGCAAGAAGUGUUGUUCAGGACAUUGUAAAUUCAACAAAAAUUACGACACUAACCUUAAAGCAACGUGACGCUCUAAUAUCUCAAAAUGUCGAUAAUAAGUCAAGUUCUUUAAAAGGAUCAGAAAUAGAAAGUGAUAAAGUACCACAAUUUGUUGUUCAAACAUCAAGUGACCCUGUGUUGGAUAAAUUGAAGUUGCAAUUUCGUUCACGUGAUCCGGUUUUACAAAAAUUGAAAGAUGAGUAUCAAAAAUCCCCAAAAAACAAGCAAUCAGGAAAGGUUGCAAAAGACGGGUCUUAUUAG